GAUUUGACAGAACAGUUCCUGCUCAAGACCAGCAGGUGGCACAGACGCGCCGUGACGUGGUUUCCCGGCCUCUAAUUAUGACGACAAAGCAGCGUUUUGACGUCCGAUCGGAACAGCGCUUCUUCCUGGUUACGAUAGCUAAGGUAGCAGCUACCGUGGACAGCCAGCUCCUAGUCCGCUUCUCUCUGGCUGGUGGUGUUCCUCCUCUGAUCAGCGGGGGCUCCGCCCAAGUGUCGUCCCGGCGGCUUCAGUCAGUGACAGACGGACACUCACGCCACACUUUUACCGUUGAUCCUCCCGGGAUGUCUUUCCUGGAGAAGCCGGCCCCCGGCAGACUGCUGCUGGAUGACACCGUGCCCCUGACGGCGGUGAUCGAAGCCAGCCAGAACCUGCAGUCACACACGGAGUACAUCGUCCGAGUCCAGAGGGGCGUGUCUUCAGAGAACAGCUGGCAGGUGAUUCGGCGUUACAGUGACUUUGAUGUUCUCAACAGCAGCCUGAUGGUUUGUGGCAUCAGUCUCCCUCUUCCUCCAAAGAAGCUAAUUGGAAACAUGGACAGGGAGUUCAUAGCAGAGAGACAGAGAGGACUGCAGGUCUUUCUGGACACAAUUACCCAGCAUCCCUUGCUUUCCUGCUCCCUGACUGUCAAGAAGUUUCUGGACCCCAACAACUACUCUGCCAACUACACAGAGAUCGCCCUGCAGCAGGUCUCCAUGUUCUUCAGGUCGGACCUGAAGUGGGAGGUCCUGGAGCCUCUCAAAGACAUCGGCUGGAGGAUCAGGAAGAAAUACUUUUUAAUAAUAAAUAAAGAGCAGCCCAAGGAGAUGCAUCUGCUGAGCUGGUUGGACCUGGGUCCUGAUAAGUUCCUGUCCGACAAAGACCUGCAGUCAGCCAUGAAGCUCCUAACCAGCAUCUCUACUCCAUAUCUCUGUCCGCUGUUGUUCUCCAGCACCAGCGAGUCUUCAGCUCUUCUCAUCCGGCCGUUCGCUGAGAAAGGCUCUCUGAGAGACCACAUCUGUAAGGUGAAGCCCAGAGAGAGUUACCUGAAGAAGUACUGUAACCCAAAGAAGAGUCAGGGCCUCGACCUGCAGCACAUCAAACUGUACGGCCGUCAGAUCCUGGAGGGCCUGAAGCUCCUCCAUGACGGUGGAUUAUUUUAUGGUCACCUGCAUGCGUCCAACGUAAUUGUGGAUGACGCCAGGUGUCGACUAAUGGACGUAGAGAACGGCAUGCUGGGAGUCCCCUCGGCACUGCGACCCGCCUUCACCCAGCUCAGGAAGAUCAACACCAUAGAGAGCAUCGACGUCUUCUGCUUUGGACAUUUACUGUACGAGAUGACGUACGGCCGACCGCCGGACAGCGUCCCAGUCGAUCGAUACGCCGAUGUCCCCUACACCGCUGUGGCAUCAGUGCUGCAGUCCAUUCUGUCCACAGAAGCCUGUAAGAGCGGGAUGCCAACUGUGUUGGAGCUAAUCAAGACACCUCUGUUUAGUGACGUCCAGCUCCAACACUCAGAAAAACUCCAGAUCAAGGUUCCCAGCAGGUUAAAAGAGGCGCUGAAGACUGCAAAGGAGAGUCUGGAGAAGAGGCUGCAGGAGGAGCAGAGAGUGCUCCACCAGCACAGGAGGCUAACCAGAGCUCAGUCUCACCAUGGCUCAGAAGAGGAGAAGAAGAGGAGGAAGAUUCUGGCGAGGAAGAAGUCCAGACAGUCGGCUUAUGAAAAUGAAGAAGACAUCACUGUCAGAAACAACAAUAACUCCGGUUCUGGAGCCAGUUCCCCUCCGACAUGCCCCUCCUCUCCCACCCCUCCAUCCACUACCGGAGCCCAGGCUACUCCUCCACCUCCCCCUCCCCCUCCUCUUCCCCCUGCUGUGCUGGACUCGUCCUCCUGUCCCCCUCCUCCCCUGUCCUCCUCUGGCGGAGCGGGAGGAGGUCGCACCGCCUUGCUGAGCUCCAUCCAGGCCUUCUCUAAGAACAAGCUGAAGAAGUCCAAAACCGUCGACCGCAGCAAACCCAUCAUCUGACCCCGCCCUCCGUGGCAACAUGUCCUCCCCGACCAGGAAACCGUCUGGAUGGACCUGCUGGUUCUGCACUGUGGUCUGGACCGCUUUACGUCCUCCCUCCCUGAGAUGUGAAAAGGAAUCACUAACAAAAGAAAUCCAAGUAAAAAUUUUUGUUUUUAUUGCUAUUCCUGCUUUUUCUGCUUACAUAUUUUUUAAUCUGUUGCUGUGGUUGGAGAGAAGCUCAAACACCCUGGACAGUCCGAGGCACCUGAAGGUGUGUCCUCUCUGACCGCAUUAUCUCCAAAAAUUGGUAAACUCAACAUGAAUGUGGGGAGCUUUUUUGGGUCAACCUGCUGCUUCAGCAUGCAUCCUACUGGCUUCUUUUCUUGUAUAGUGCCAGUUGAACAUUUGAAAUCAGAAGUUUGUGAGCCACUGUGGAUGCUUCAUCCUGCUGGGUGAUGAAGUUCAAUUCCCUGGAUCCAAAACUCUUAACUUCAGUGCUCUGACACCGUCCUGGCACUGCCCUGGUUCAAGCUCCAGCUUUCUCUCUUUGAAAUCAUCUCAUGACAUGUUGUCUCCAAGUGUCACUGCAGGACGUCCGUGAUGAAGAAAGACUCUAGGAAAUCACUAGAGCUUCUGUCAUUCCUGUUUGUAAUUAUGUCCCAAAAACACAAUGUUCUUAAAAUCAAGAAGAAGAAAAAGUCUCCAGUGCAGAAUAUCUCAGCAGAAAUCAGAAGUUUUUUGUUUUAGAAUUUUAUAAAAGUGUGUGAGACACAAGGAAAACGUAACUUGCAGGUUUAUUUCUGUGUGUUUUUAAGGUAGAUAACAAUUAUAGACAGAAUUAACUAGAGAAGGAAGGAUAUUUGAUUCCAAAAGUAUAUUUUAUACAAAGGAUGUUUGCUGCAGUGUGUGUCUGAAACUACACAAACUACCUUUAAUCACCGUCAAGUUGGGCUCCCACCUGCCGUUGGUUUGGUUUGGUACGACCCAGGAGAGAUUAGUUUGACUUUUCUAUAUUUUGGGCCAUCUGUUCAUCAGUUAGAGAUGCUGCCACUGAAAAGGCAUUUGUUAAAACCAUGACAUGGAUCCUCUGCGCUGUUCAUCCCAGUUACGAACAUGUAGAGAAAGUCCACUGUGUUCUGCUCAGCUCUGUAAGCAUGAGGCGUUCUGAUUGGUCCGAUGUGGAUCCGCUGGGAACAACUUCACGGCUGUUUCAAAGAGCAGGACCUAAUCCUACAAAGGACCUUACCCCCAAUGCUACAAACUACAUAAUGUGUGUUUCCAUCAACCUGUCUGUUUGGGACACUUUUAAUUUGUGCAUCGAGAAGCUGAGUUGAAACGGUCGAAAAGCAAAAAUUUUAUAUAGAUAUAUAUUUAAAAAAGCUUUUAUGCUUGGCUCAAGUGGAAAAAUCUGUGUAUAGAUAAAACAUAAUACGACACAGACUUAGUUAAUACAUUAUGAGUACACAAGGCAUGUGUCCAUUAAAGAGACCAAAACAUCAGAUCAGUGAGAAAACAAUCCUCCAAUAAAUACAUGAAAUAAACAAUAAUGUUAUAUUUUUAUCAUGUUUUCAGACUCCCUGAGAGGCGAGUAAGAUACAUUUUUCGUGAUCCAUUUUCUAAGUCUGAUCUAAAUAGUUUUCUCUCCUGUGUUGAUGACUUUACAACCGGUGGGAUUGUUUUUCUAAGUUCCUCGUUUUAAUCUGGUAAAACGGGUGAAAAAAAGGUCUUGGCCGGGGUUUUUCUUUGUUUUCUCAGGAUCAUUUUCAAAUGUUCGAUGUUGUAAUACUCAUUUCCAAGUGCUCCACUACCCCAUGUUGCAGUUAUGUUAAUUUCUCCGUGCACUCUUAACACAAGAUAUAUCCUGUAUAUUGUGUAAGAAGGUUACCGUAUUUCCUCAAAAAGACAGGUCUUGAAUAAUUGCCAGGGUGUAGUCAACACAAAGAAAGGCCAGACCCCAAAUAUAGGCUGGGGAAAAAACUAUGGUGGAUAAAUUCCCCGCUUAGCAUAAUAUAUAUUUCCAUUGCUUUUCAAUUUUAAAAAUUCAACAGUAUAAUUAGGCUUUUUUUAACAACAAUGAUUUUUCCACCAUAUGAUCCUGUGUCACAACAAAAGCCCUGUUAAGAAAUAAAGGGUUUCUUUCCACUGAAAUGCUAAAGGGCUUUUUAUUUUGUACUAACAGUGUAAUGCAGUAAGUUGUAACAGGGCCAAACAAGGAUUGGUGGUGAUGUACUUUUUCAAUAGGGGGAAUUAGGAAUAAAGGCCUGCUUCUAACACAGGCCUGGUGCCUUCCACAGCUGACAAAGUCCCUGGUCACUAUUUGAGGAAAUACGGUAUGUAACAUAGCUGGCAUGUCCUUCUUUUGGUAAUAAAUGUAUAAUGUGUAAGUGAUGUGGGAUUGAUGUGGGAAACUCAGCUGGAAGAAAAUGUGAAUGCUUUCAGUCCUAUCUAGAACUGGUAUGGGGGUAGUGGUGCACUUCAGCCUCUUGUGGCCAAAAGGAGUUUUACACAACAGAAAAUAUCCU